AUGUUCGUUGUUUCAAGUUUAAAAAAAGUUCAGAGUAAGGAUUCACGAGGUGCUUCGUCACACAGUGGCAGGUUGGUGUUCCCGGCAGUCGCGUGUUUCCCUGGUGCCAGCUUCUUCGAAGGAUCAACAAUUCAUCCCAUCUGUGAACUCUCGUCCAGUGGGGCGCUACCAUUUUAUAUGACUUUAGCAAGAUAUAAAGGUGAGUAA